CCCGCGUCUCUGUCCGGCUGUCCGGCGAGGGCGGGGCUCGGGGGUUCCGGGGAAGAGCUGGGCCCCCGCGCGCGGCGCUGCGAGUAACGAGUCGCUGCUGUGUGUGUGUCCGUGUCCGUGUCUGUCUGUGUCCUUCCCCAGCAGUAACCUGACGGGAGAAGGUGCCUCUGCCCCCUGCGCCGUCCGGCUCGGCUAGAAAUGGCCAGUGGUUAUCACAGUGAUGUCACUGGUACCUGCAGAAUGAAUCCAGCGCUUCCUGUGGCCUCUUUUCUUUCUUACAUUUGAUAGGACAGAGAGAAAUUGCCCUGGAUGGGGAGAUAGGGAGAGAGACAGAUACCUGCAGCACUGCUUCACUGCUUCUGAAGCUUACACCUGCAGGUGCUCUGUAAUAGAGCCAGGCUGGUUUCCUAUCUCCCAGGAUUUUAUUCCUUAGUUAAAAGGGUUGUCAUCCCCAAAACCUUUUCAACUGCAGGAUCCUCAGGGUCUGAUGAGUCUCAUGUUGCCACUGCACCACCAGACAUAUGCUCUCGAACAGUUUGGCCUGACGAAACUAUGGGGCCAUUUGGUCCUCAAGAUCAGAGAUUCCAGCUCCCUGGAAACAUAGGUUUUGAUUGUCACCUCAAUGGGACCUCAGCACAGAAGAAAAGCCAGGUUCAUAAAACUUUACCUGAUGUGCUAGCAGAACCUUUGUCAAGUGAAAGGCACGAGUUUGUGAUGGCACAAUAUGUGAAUGAAUUUCAGAGUAAUGGUGUACCUGUUGAACAAGAAAUUAACAGUGCAGAAACUUACUUUGAAAGUGCCAAAGUAGAGUGUGCAAUCCAAACAUGUCCAGAAUUGCUACGAAGAGAUUUUGAAUCACUAUUUCCAGAGGUAACAGCCAACAAACUUACGAUCCUGACUGUAACACAGAAAACUGAAAAUGAUAUGACUGCUUGGAGUGAGGGGGUAGAAAACGAAAGAGAACUGCUCUUAGAGAAGUUCAUCAGUGGUGCUAAGGAAAUCUGCUACGCUCUUCGAGCUGAAGGCUAUUGGGCUGACUUCAUUGAUCCAUCAUCUGGUUUGGCAUUUUUUGGACCAUAUACGAGCAACACUCUUUUUGAGACAGAUGAACGCUAUCGACAUUUAGGAUUCUCUAUUGAUGAUCUUGGCUGCUGUAAAGUAAUUCGACAUAGUCUGUGGGGCACCCAUGUGUUUGUAGGAAGUAUCUUCACUAAUGCAACACCAGAUACUCGUAUUAUGAAGAAAUUGAGUGGAAAUUAGCAGUAAUUCCAAUUCAUUUGCUUGUGCUAUGUGUACAUAACAUUUGGGUUGAUCUAUAAAAACUAUCAAAGUUUUAAAAAUUUACUUAUUCUAGAUAUUUAUUUCAACAUUUAUGCAUCUACACCUUUGGCGAUGGCUGUGUAAUGUUCGGAUCUCAAAUAGUCAUAUCAUUGAAUACAUGUUGAAGGCACACGUCCUGCAGAAUGUGGUGAUAGACAUGUAAUGAGGAUAUUGUUUCAGAUUGUUUCUUUCUCCUUUUUCUUGGGAAAACUACUUUUUUUCCAAAAAUAAAUCACACAUUUGGUUAUGGUCAUAUGCUUUUGUGAUAGUAUAUAUUUCUAAGAGAUUUCUGAGAAACUAUAAUAGUAAUCCUUUUAACUGUCUUUAAUAAACGUACUUGACAAUUCCAGAUGCACUAUAA